AUGAACUCCCGCGAGCAGUCUGAUAUGCCUCCGGCCCCCUCCUACCCUUCUCCCAACGGGGCGCAGAUGGCUCAGGGUGCUAUGCCGUAUUACAGCAACCGCCAGAUGACCACCGACGAGCUCCUCUCCGCGGAGCUAUCGCGCGACGCCUCUGGUCCUGGCCUGGGCGAUGGAUCGAAUCAUGGUCAAGGAAUGGUACUAGGCUCGUCGAAUGCUGGCGACAUGGGUCGGCCUUCCAACGAGGAUCAACACCAGCACCAACACAUGCUCCAAUUCCCUCCCAGCCAGCAAGUGGGCGUGGAUCCGAAUCAUGAUUUGAGCUAUGGCGAGCAGAGUGCGCGUAAGCGAUCGAAGAUCUCCAGAGCCUGUGAUGAAUGUCGGCGCAAGAAGGUUCGAUGUGAUGCAAGCUCCGAAACAGGCCUCGAGACCUGCUCAAACUGUCGUCGACUGGGCGUGGUCUGUCAGUUCAGUCGCGUGCCGAUGAAGCGUGGUCCCAGCAAAGGAUACAUCAAGGAACUCGCCGAACGCCUGCACACCCUCGAGAGCCAGAUGCAGCCUGGUAUGGUUCAGUCUGACGUCCCGUAUCAAUCGAUGAAUGACGUUUCACUUUCCCGCGGCUACCAGGACUUCACCUCACCUGUAGACCCCGGCUCUGCCAGUCGCAAGCGAACAUACUCUGUCUUUGAGGGGCUGCCGAGCUCAUCCUUCGCUCAGCCAUCGUUUAACGGCCGCGGAUCGCAAAACGCCUUCGAUGCUCCCGAGGCAGGCGCCGACCCGUAUAACCCCGCCGUCGCGAGCGGCGGCGCGCCCAAACCUGGUAACCUGUUCUGGAACCCCACUGGAAACGAGCAGGAUAUUCACAACGGCCUGCCCAGUGGCUUGGAGAUGACAGAACUGCCCAAGCACGAAGGCGACGACGACAUGGCACCUGUCCACCUCGACGAGGGUGCUUUGGAUGCAUACUACCAGAAGGUUCAUGCUCUUUUGCCCAUCCUUCCGCACACCAGGGAGCGUACCUUGGAGUUGCUUCACCAGUGCAACCGAGAGACCCAGGAAAUCUUCUGCUAUGCGCUCUACACUGUUACUCGCACUGACCUGUCGCGUGUUGCGAGCAAUUUCGAGAAGGUUGUCUCAUUCGACAGCGCGCAGGACCUCCUUCUGUACCACACCCGCCAGCCCUUGAUCAUGCACUCAACGGCAGCCAACCUGAUUUGGUUGCAGACAUUGAUCUUGAUGAUCAUCGACUGUGACACGCGUGGUCCGGACAACUUUAUCCUUAAGGAUGGCAUCCCGAAGCAGACCUUGGUCCAGGCCGCGAGCAAGCUUGGAUAUGAUCUGGCCAAAAACCAGGGUCAGCUGAAGACCAACCGGGUUACAGAUGCAGAUGUUGACUCGGAUGCCAACCUGACGCGUCGCAACUGGGUCUCGUUCAACAUUCUGGCUCGCUGGUACGCCAUUAGCGUGGCUGAUGCGACUGUUAUCGGGGGACAGGAGGUUGGCGGCCGUGAGGAUAAGCGGGUUGUCGGUCAGAUUGUUACUGGAAUCGCCUCAUACUCUACGUUCCUAUCUGAGAUGGUCGCUAUGGCCACCGUGGAGGAUAACGUCUGUCAAACCAACACCGGCCUCGGGCAUGUGGUCGGCGCCAACAUGGUUGCCUCCCUUGAGCGCCUCGCGGAUAUGCAAGAUAUCUUCAAUGUGCACGAAAUGUCCGAGAGCAUGACCCGCACGCUUUUUGAAAACCUCCAAGCUCAGCUCUACUGGACCAUCCGCCUCCUGAUCAAGCGUCACGUUUUCAUCUACAGCCCCUAUGAGAUCAUCUACUGCGCCCAGGAGGUUAUCAACGAACUGCACAAAGCAACUCUGCAAAACCGCCUCGCGACACCAUUCGAUCUGCACAGCCUGGCUCUUGCCUCGAUGACCCUUCUCGAGGCGACCGUUCUGCCCGAGCACAGUGAUGAAUGCUGGGGCGCGCUAGAGAAAGUCGAAGAGAUCCUCGAUCGCCGCACCAAGCGCCCCGUCGAGACAGCUGAGUUCGACAAUAUCUUCGGCACCCCCAGCUGGGACGCCAAGAUUCGCGUCUUCCUUGAAUGGCGCCGCGCAAAGUCCCAGGAGUCGCUUCUCCACGAAGCUGGUGGUGCAGGCAAGGUUGGCGCGGGCUCUCAGCCACCUGUCAUGGGCCCGAACGAGCAGCGUUCGCUUCAGCAUCUGGCUGAUUUGGCUGUGGGUGCCGAGGGCUCGGUUGGCCAGAGUGCCUCGACCCCGCCACCAGGACUGUCUGCUGAUCAAGGUGAGACGUCGCCGAACCUGGCGCCUCAGCUCGCGCAGGCCAGUGGUAGCAGUGGCCGUGUCGUGGUGGAUUUCACUAUGCUCACAAAGGAGGGAUAUCUCAACGUGUUCUCGGGUCUGAUCUACCGCCGGACUCGUUGAGAUGCGUUUCACUUCUGAACGGGUUCGCUUUCCUCCCGUCUUGUUUCUUUCUUUCUUUUUCUGCUCAAUUUCGUUCAGGGAGUUAGGCUAGCCAAAUAUCUUUUCUGUUUGAGUGCUCUGCCCCAAUGCCAUAUGGCUUGCCUCUCUAUUACGUGUUUUUCUGGCUCAGUUGUUCUAUGGGAAUUUGACUACCAAGCAGAU